AGCUACGAUUUCCUGUCACCUGGUAUCUAAUCAGAAAUCCCAGCUUCACACCUUACCUAUCUCACUCACCCGCUCAGUGUGGUUGAGAAACCUGCAGCAUUGAACGGAGCUCAACAGCCAGCACAGCAACGAAAUCAACCUUUGAGAUUGGAGACUCAGGAUUGAGAGUGAAAUGACAACACCCAGAAAUUCAGUGAGUGCAAAGUGCCCAUCGGGAUCCAUGAAGGGCCCAAUUGGCCUGCAGCCUGUUCCAAAAGUAUCCUUCAGGAAGUCGUCUCCAGUGGUGGGCCCCACACAAAGCUGCUUCUUGCGGGAAUCGAAGGCUUUGGGGGCUGUCCAGAUCAUGAAUGGACUCUUCCACAUUGCCCUGGGGGGCCUCCUGAUGAUCCCCAUCGGGGGUCUUCAUGUACCCAUCAGUGUGGCUGUGUGGUAUCCUCUCUGGGGAGGCAUUAUGUAUAUUACUUCUGGAUCACUCCUGGUGGCAGCAGAGAAAAGCCCCUGGAAGAGUCUGGUCAAAGGAAAAGUGAUAAUGAACUCACUGAGCCUCUUCACGGCAAUUUCUGGAAUAAUUCUUUUGAUAAUGGACAUAGUUAAUAUUAAAAUCUCCCAUUUUUUAAAAAUGGAGAGUCUGAAUCUUAUUAGAACCCCCACACCACUUAUUAACAUAUACAACUGUGAACCAGUGAUCCCCUCUGAGAAAAACCCCCCAUCCACACAGUACUGUUACAGCGUACAGUCUGUCUUCUUGGGCAUUUUCUCUGUGAUGCUGAUCUUUGCCUUCUUCCAGCAACUUGUGACCGCUGGGAUUGUUGAAAAUGAGUGGAAAAGAAUGUGCUCCAGACCCAAAGCUAAUGUGGUUCUCCUGUCAGCUGAAGAAAAAAAGGAACAAACAAUUCAGAUGAAAGAAGAGGUAGAGCUCACUGAAGUAUCUAUCCAACCGAAGAAUGAAGAAGACAUUGAAAUUAUUCCUGUGCAAGAAGAGGAGGAGGAACCAGAAGUAACCUUAGCAGAACCUCUCCAGGAUGAGGAAUUCGCUCCAGUAGAAAAUGAUGAUUCACCUUGAACCAUUUCUUCUGCUUUCUGUUAUUUUUCUUAGGUAUCAGUGCUCAAGCUUCCAUCAGAUAUAGUUGUCCACACUUUUUGAAGUACCCUGCACAUCUGCUUCACAUUUAUAGCUGGUUCUUGCAAGGAGUGACUAAUUUUCCUUUCUCUCACACUCAGAGAACAUAACGAUUAUGGCAGACUGUGUUGUCAUGUUUCGUGUUUGGGACGAUGUUCUUAUAUUCAGAAAAGGAGUGAUUACUGUGGAAUGUGAUCUCACACUAGCCUUUGCAUUGCUUUCAUUUUUCAGCAGCAGUAGUGGUAAUAUUAUGUUUUUCAUCACUUCUGUCAGCAACAGACUCCAAGCCUGAUGGAAAAAAUCAAUAAUUGCUUCAUGCUGCUCCUAAACUACCUUCAGUUCCUUCCACAUUUGUAGUUUUGUGGGGUCGUUUAUGCAUCACUGUUUUAAGAAAAAUAAAAGGCGUGAUAAUGAGAAACAGUACGGAAUCUACUCCACAUAUAUUACUGUGGGGCAGACCCCAGCAUAUUCUUAGAGACUCCAUAAUCUGUUAGAAAGCCUUAAGCAGCCCUACCCAACCCUUUCUGUGCACCAACAGCAUAAUUAGGCAUGUUUCAUCUGCUUUAACCUUUCCAAAUUCAUGCUCUACGCUCAUGGCCACAUUGUCUUGAGGCAGAAGAAUGACUUUUUAAAAGGCUAUAAUGAACACCCAAAUCUCAAGUAAUAAUUGACACAUUUACAGAAUAUUUCCAAGUGACAAAGUAUUUUAUGAAAUAGUUUUAUCUGCUCUUCUCAAAGCAAGAAAGAGCAUUAUUUUACAAGUGAUUCGGAGAAUGUAUAAAUAAAAGGUAACUUUUCAAAAGUUUCAAAUUUCAUAGUUAUGAGAGACUUUUUCACACCCAAAUCACCUUCUUCAAAUCUUGUGAUCUUUGAAAUAAUCAACUGUCCACCCAACACCUGCAUAACCUACUAAGUUACAGUUAGCAGGUUUUAUGAUGGAAUCACUUUCUGGGUCAGCGCUAAACGGGUAUGAAGAGAAACGUAGAUUCAAAAACCACAGUUUAUCUUUUGGGAAUAAAAAAAAAAGAGGCAUUCAGAGUACUUGAAAACUCAUGUCAGUUAGCUAGCAGACCGUAUAAACAAAACACAACGUGCUGCAGAUAGUCUCCGAAGGAAAGUCAUGCUUGGCGAUAACAUCAUUAAAAUGCCAAGGCUAAGUCCACAGCCAUCCUGUUUGUUUUGGUUCUUGUUCCUAUUUAUAGAUACUAGCACCUUACCUACAAAGACCAUUAUCCUAGGAAGACAUCAUUAAUAAACAUUCCACCAUCUGU